UUAUUUUGGCAGGUUGACGUGUUUUAUUUUUAUUUAUUUAUUUAUUUUUAUUAAUCACAAAGCAUGUCUACUUAAUUAAAAUCAUGAAACUUAUAAUUUAACAUCAAUAUAGUAAAAGUAAAAUUCUACUUUGUGUUUAUUGAAAUUUUUCUGGUUAUCAAAUGAAGACAUAAAACAGCAAUUUAUUUUAUCGUUUAAUCAAAUGAAAACAAAAGAAGCUUUAUUUUUGGCAAACAAAGGGUGUUAACUAUUAAAACUAAAACAUGGGAGCAAUAUUGUGUGAUUAUUCCUUAAAAACAACAUUGUAGUAUUUUAUCAUUAAUAGUAGUAGUAGUUUCACACACAUUCUACUGCACAGUAAUAUAUUUCCAACAUGAUUUAUUCCAGUCACACGGCUCUAGAUCGCUGCUGAUGUGCAGGUGUGUGUAAGUGUGUUGGUGUUUGCAGGACGGAGCGUGGAGUCUGAUCAACAUCCUGCAGCAUCAGGUGGGAGAACUGAAGAUGGACAGCAGAUCUACUGACCGCCGAGACCACACCAGUGAUGUGUUUGAGGGCCGUGAGCUGGGCACACGUUCUCUCCACAAGCCCUGUCUGCUGGAGGGUGUCCCUGAAGACGAGACGUGGAUCUGGCAUCCCAGCGAAGACGACUCCAGACAGGCGCAGCGCACAGAAGCGUACAUCCUCAGCCUGAUCCAGCGCCGCUCGCCUCCCUCUAGACCCACUAAACCCCGCACCAGCGUGACUGUGGUCAGACACACCAGCCCUAGCCACAAAGAUCCGCCGCACGUCCCAGACGAGAGACACGCGUGGGACGAGGCCUGCUCCGUCCUCUCUCUCAGACCGGCGCUAGCUGGGAUCCGCUCCAGCAGCAGCGAAGCCGAAUCUCCGCAGCACUUCCACCAGCCCAAGCGCUCGCCCUCAUCUGAGGAGCUAGUGAAUGCACAGUACAUCCCAGCACAAGCCGCCGCGCACCGGACACACCGGACACACCGGACCCACGCCUCUCCAAAACCCGUGUCCUCUCAGUCGAGAGCCGCAGCGAAGAAGUGCCGCUUCACGGAGAACAAGAUCGCGCCGAAGAAGCCCGGACGGAAAGCCUGUCGCGCUCCGUCCGAGAACAGCCUGCGAGAGUCCAAAUACAACACAGUGGAGCGGGACGCGGUGCGCAGCGCUCCUCCUAAAACACGCCGCGGCUCCGGUCACCGCCGCUGGCGCUCCACGCUAGAACUGAGUCAGGACGAAGCCGAGACGCCUCCUGAACAGCCAAUCAGACGCUCCCGUAGACCUCGCGUCUACACCCAUCAUCACCAUCAUCAGCUGCAGGACGCCGGAGACUCAGAGUCCAGUGUGAGCGAGGCAGACUCGCCCGGCUCCAGCUCACUGUCCUGCGACUCUGACGAGAGCAGCGGAUUGGUCUGGCCUCAGCAGCUCCGCCCACAGCUGGCCCCGCCCUCUCCACCACACCCACCGCAGCCCAAAGCCUUCGUGAAGAUCAAAGCGUCGCACGCGCUCAAGAAGAAGAUCCUGAGGUUCAGGAGCGGAUCUCUCAAAGUCAUGACCACCGUAUGAACGACACGAGCUCCAGCGGAGAGACAGAAGCGGAGCAUGGAGUAGAAAUUAGAGAACUAGAAUUUAAAUGGAACCAAAUUCAAAGACAUUUUGUAUUCGGUAUUUGAUGUUUAACAUGAAACGAAAGAGAAUUUCCCUCUGGUUUUCCUCCAAAAUAAAAGCUCUAUGGUUUAGGGUUUGAAAUCAAAGAAAAUAUUUUGAUUUUAAUUUUAAAAAAAUUAUUUAUAAAAUAAUAAUUAUUUUUAUUUAAUAUUAUUUUAUAUAAUAAAACAACCAUAAAUAUUAGUAAAUAAUAUCAUUAUUUGUACUCUCAUACAAUUAAUCGUAUACAACUGUUAUAUAAAAUGAUAUUAAUUAUUAUAUAAAUUCUAAAUUAUUACAUACAUUUUUAGCUUAUUUUGUCCCCCAGAAUGACCUAAUUUACCCCAAAAUCUUCAGAUGGAGCUCAACAGUAUGAAGCUCACUGGAUCUUUAUUUCUGUUUGUGUGGGACUCUGUGUUGAUUUUCUUUGAAUUGCUCUUCCUGUCGUCCCAGCUGAGAUCGCUGUUGAACGUCCUGUGUGUUUUAACUCUGUACAGUGAUGUUCAUCAUGAGAUCGAGGUGCUUUAGUGUUUGCCCGACUGAGAGAAACUCAACACGGCUCUGCAGAUUCACUCUUACUGACUUCACACACAGCACCUGCACAGAUGAAGCCAGACCAAAGACUUGUAAAUACCUGUAAAUGUAAAUGUUGCUUGUAUUUAUGAAUGUAAUCUGUGAAUAAACACCUGCAAG